GGUGAAGGCCGUCAAGGAGGAAACGGGUCGCCAAAUCCGGACGCUAACGGGAUCGAUUUACCCGGAACGAAAAAGCUGCUCGGACCGCAACCAAGCAAUUUCCGUCGCGGCGGAAACGAUGAUUAAUUUUCCCGGCGAUUCCCACGAAGAAACCUGCGACACACCGUCGCACGGUCCGCGGGUUUCCGCGCGGCCGAAUUAAUCCAGAUGUCACACGAUACCCUUAGUCGCCCGUCGCGCUCGCAAGACCGGGUAACUCAUCGCGUGUAACUGCACACCGCAAAUGUAUAUCGCGGAUAUUGUGUUACUGUAUUUCAUUACCAGCGACGAGGACCGGACACGGCGUUAUCCUAACGUGGGAGGUGAACCGGUUAGCCAGUAUCCGCACGCAGCUCUCUCACGAAGUGAAGGAGCCAUAGCGUUCUCCCCCUUCAUGCGGGUAUAGCGCAUAGCUCCGACUUCCGGUCAUUCCAUUCAGGAAUAUCAUCUUACGCGCUUCCUCGUGAUUCAAACUCUCCUCAGACGGGUCAUAAUCAAAGGCUCACAGCGCACGCGCACACCUCUAUAACGCUCUGUUUUGAUAAUGAAUUAUUGUUAACACACAAACUACUACCGUACAGAAAUCACAAUCAAAAAAGAAAUUAAACGCUUUUUACGUGUAAAGUGGAAAAGUUAAUUUUUGUGAUAUAAUUUCGAUUGUGCCAAAAGUUCAGUGGAUUAAUUUACGAGUAUAAUUUCUCCGUGUAACACAAAAUAAAAGUGCUACAGUAACAAACUGUAUUGUGAGAAAGAAAGAUUACUUCGCGUGUAUCGUUCGUAAGCUGGCCGCGUGUACAAUGCAACUGUUCGCCAUGCCCGAUACAAUCCCAUCCUAUUAAUGAAUGCAGUUCGCAUCCGCGGCACGCGCGUUAAGAUCGUUACGAAAUCUCGCGUCACGUGUGCGAGAAUCGAAAGCCAGGCAGGAAGGAAGGAAGGAAGGAAGGAAGGAAGUAAGUAAGUAAGAAAGGAAGGAAGAGGAGAAAGCACGUGCGUUAAGCAUUAUUAAACUUCUCGCGCUCUAAUCCGGGUGUAACGCGCGCGGUUUACGUGGUUGGAACGAAAACUAUGCGGCACGAUGAAGGGGCCAAGAAGAAUCGGUGGUGGCCUACCGAGCGGGAGAAAGCUGGAUUACUGCCAGAAGGUGUGUCAAGCUCGAGGAAUAUUGCUGGUGUACUUGACUAUCUGCGCUUCGCUGCCGGGUGCUAUUUUCACCGCGCCAGCACACGCACGCGAAACAUUCAAGGAAGGUGCGCAGAGGCAUGUAAACGAUGCCAAUAAUGAUUUGAUGGAAGAUUUGACCGUUUUCGAGCAGACAGCAGCGAACGUCAGUGCAUUUGUAGGGCAUACCGCAUAUCUACCAUGCCGCGUGCGAAAUUUGGGCGACAAAGUAGUUUCCUGGAUGAGAAGCAGGGACCUCCAUAUUCUCACUUCGGGAAAUUUCUCGUUCAGCUCGGAUGCGCGAUUCGGAGCCCAGCAUACGCCAGGCAGUGAUGCCUGGACUCUCAGGCUGGAUAACGCCAGAAAGACGGAUUCUGGCAAGUACGAGUGCCAGGUCAAUACGGAACCUAAGAUCAUGUAUGCAGUGCAGCUCUCUGUACGAGAUCCGGACAAACCGGAAGGGUAUGACGAACCACAUUCUCAGCAGACACGUAUAAGUUAUGAGAGUACAGCUCCGGUAGCGGACAUAAUGGGACCCCAGGAGCAAAGGGUGCCGUCGGGCUCGACGAUCACCCUGAGGUGCGUCAUAUUGUCGCCGUAUCAGACCCGUCCCAUCAGGGGUGUACAAUGGCUUCGGGAUAACAAACUCCUAACAUUCCAGGCAGCGCGCGGAGGAAUAAAUGUGGAGACCGAAAGGGGAGCGGCACGUACAGUAUCUGUGUUGACUUUGGCAGCUGUGACGCAAGAUGACGUCGGAAACUAUUCAUGCAGGCCGACGGAGGGUCGAUCAGCUACUGUCACCUUAGUCGUUGAGGAAGGAGAACGCACGGAAGCCAUGCAACGUGACGCCGGAUACGUCUCUUCGGGAAGUAACGUCAGACACUGGCCCGGACUUCUGCUUCCGUUUUCGUGGCUUCUAAUACUCGCGCGCAACAGCCAAACUUUCUUGCUCUAGCACACACUCGACAGUAUUUCACGCUUAUUUCUUGCCGUUUCCAAUGCUAAAAUGUACCUAAAAUGUGACGAAGCCGAUUUAGAACGUAAGAUAGACUUUUAGAUCUUAAAAAUAUAUUUAUAAAUCGUGUUAUGAUAUGCCAGACGUGAUACGUGCGCUCCCCGCGAAAGUAGCUAUUAAAUUCGUAAAAUAGAGAUGAUGCAAUCCAAAAAUUGACGAUAAAAACUACUUAUGUAUUCUACAUAAUUACGGAUAAAGUUAUGGAGCUUGAUCUAAUUCGGAAAAUUUCGAAAAACGUUACAUAAAUCAUAUCAGAGAGAAUCGCAAACUCUCGCGCGCGUAAAAAUAAAAACUGCAAAAAUUUAUGGUAAAAUUGAUAAGUUAUAUCACGAUCGGUCAAUUAGAUUAGCAAUUAAAUAACAUAGCUCCUUAGAGCUUAAUGCGAUCGAGGAGUUGAAAUAGUGUAAAAUAAUACGUGUUACAUAAAAGAAAACGCAUCGGUCUUCCUUGGUGGUCGUGCUUUAAAACCUCAAUUUAAUUUUGCUCUAAUAAAAGUAUAAUAAAUUUUGUAUAUCUACUCCUCGAUCGUAUAUAAGAAGAUGACAAGUAAUUUGUGGGAAUUUAAUAUAAAUGGUGAUGGAAAUAAAGACAAAAUGUUCUUGCACAAAA